UUUAAAAUAUACACAUGCGACAAUGGCUCAGACUGUGAUACUCUGUCUGUUUUGUUCUUUAAUGGACUGAUUAACAGAGGACAAGUGGCUCUUAAUUCAGCGAACAUGCUGGCUUCACCAACUCUCUCCACUGACACUCUUGAUAGUUUUGUCAACGAUGGCACCUUCACCAUGGCAGAUUUUGGCAGUUCGGGUGGUAUGAAUGCAUUUAUACACAGUGUUAAAACCACAAGCAAAGGUGCUGUUGCUUACUGUCAAACCGGUUCAUGUUCAGGAGGUGCAUCAAAUUUGGGAGACCUGAGAACGAGUCAACUAAUGAUAGAACCAUCUGUUCAUCAUCAGUUAAUCUCCUUGUGGAAGCACGAACUCCUGGGUCUGGCUGUUUUAGUAUUGGAGAAGGCUCUCUGUUUGACCAAUCACCACCUAGAUCGUUAUUACUUGAACACAGAUGAGACAGCGUACCUAGCAACCCAGUGCUCACGAAUACUCUUAGGCACUGGUGAACAACAAAAUGACUUGAACGUUGCAGGAAGUUGUAAUGAGAAUGUAAUAUGUUUUGCAAAUGUUGUACCAGAUUUUUCCCUUGACAGGUAUAUACCAAGUGCCAACACAGGCGGAAGGACAUUCUGCUUCAAUAUUCAAUGA